UGUUUCAGUAUUGGUCGAACUCUCAUUCGGAUCGUCUCGGGUGCGCGUCGUCGUCGUCGCCGGAAGGGAUCGCUGCUAGCGAUCGUAAUUUUUUUCGGUAUUUUUGUUUAUGUUCUUUUUUUGGUAAUUAACGGUUUGUUUUCAUGAUUACAAGCGUGCGUUCUGUGGCAAAAGGGGGAAGUCAACGGAUUCCAAAAUCCGCGCCUGCGCCCUCGGUGGCCAUGCUGUUGGUGGUUAUUUGUGUUGUGUCCUUUAAUUGUGCUCUAUCGUGGGCUGCGAAUCGUUUGUGGGUGCUGUAAGUUCAUGUUUUCAUGGUGAAGAAUCCGUUACCGUCCAACCAAAGUGAUCAAAGUUGGUGGAAAUCGUGUCAAGUGUUCAUAGUGACACAUAGGGAGUUCCUGAAGAUCCUGAAUCAAGUUCUACAUCCGUUGAAAGCAUUCGAAAGGACGUUCGUAAACAAACGAAUUUCCAGGUGAUGAUGAUUCAUUCUUAGUCCAUUUCCGGAGUUUGCGCAGAGUCAACACGUGAAUUUUGUGAAUGAAAUCCGGUCCCGACGACGCCAGAGUUCUGCCGCCUUCCCCUCCCGAGUUUCCUGGUCUUCAAGCAGUUCUGAUGUCCUUCGGCGAGUUCUACGUUCAAGCCUACAAGUGGUGAUAAAAAAUGUCUUUGUAAUAAUCGAAGAAGCUGUACGAGCCUACAAAAUGUGCGAAUCGUGUCUCGACGGUGGCUUGUAAUUAGGAUGUGAUGUGACCAGUUGAUCUGGAAUCUGGAGAAGUCGUGCGACAGCGAGGAAGGAAGAUCUUCAGCGAAGUCUUCAGCAGAAGAAGUUCGCGAGAGUGGAAUAAAGGAAGCAAAGGGCUUACGAAAAAAAAUCGGUCAAGCCACCAGGUAUAAUGUGCAAUAAAUCAGUGGUCAUGGUGGGUCAUGAUGGCACCUCUUCGGAAGGUGGGCGAAAGCCGGGAAGAUGUUGGAGCAACAAAAGCAGAAGUAGCAUCCAAAGUGGAUUCCUGAUUCGUGGAAUAAUCGUUAUUUUUGUUGGUGGAUGCUGCGGCAAGCCGUACCUGCCGGCGCAGUCAGCUGAUAAACUGAACGGUGGAGGAAGCUCGUGGGACUACGAUGAUAGUGUGCAAAAUUAUUUAAUGGAGUUUGGUUACCUGCCCAAAUCGAACAUUGAAACUGGCAACCUUCGGACAAUGGACCAGCUGAGUGAAGCAGUGAAAAGUUUACAGGCCUUUGCCAACCUGGAACCGACGGGGAAGAUUGACGGGGAGACGCGGGAGCUGCUGCGGCGGCCUCGGUGCGGGGCGCCCGACCUGGCCGGGUCGAACGACUUUCUGGCGUCGAACAGCCUGUCGGGCCGAUACCGGAACGGAGGGCGCCGCCAGCGGAGGUUCGUGAUCCAGGGCCAGAAGUGGGACCACCACACCGUUACAUGGAGCUUGGUGAACCAAUCGAUGACCGACCUGGACGCGGGGCAGGUACGCCGGGUUCUGCACGAAGCGUUGGAUCUUUGGGCCCAAAAUGCGAACAUUUCGUUCCGCGAGGUGUACAGCAGCCAGGCGGACAUUCAGGUGUUGUUUGCACGUCAGUUCCACGGGGAUGGAUAUAGGUUCGACGGGCCGGGGAAGAUCUUGGCCCAUGCUUUCUACCCGGGCAGUGGAAUCGGCGGUGAUGCCCACUUUGACGAGGAGGAGACCUGGCUGUUGAACGAACCACUUGGGACGGAUGGGACAAGGUUGUUUGACGUGGCGGUUCAUGAGUUUGGACAUUCGCUGGGUUUGGGUCAUUCAUCGGUUAAGGAGGCCAUUAUGUUCCCGUGGCACCACGUGUCUUACCGCGGGAAAGAUUCCAUUCCGGAAGACGACCGUCACGGCAUUCAGGGCAUCUACGGACCGAAGAAGAAGACCUACGGCCACAAUCCGGAACGCCAUACCACACCAACAACGACGACCACUACAACUACAACCCUUCCUCCCCCACGACGACCUCCAACUCACCGCUACUACCCGUCCAAGAACCAAACCGGCCACCCCUGGCAGGGACUCCACCCGAACAAUCCGUACAAUCCGUACAAAACCACCCCCACCUCAACCACCACCACGGAGAUCCCCCGCCGUCGAGUCUACUACCCGGACAAACCACGCCCCGUCGGAACGGACCACCCCCAACACAUCCCCACCCCGACCAAGGUCCACCACCAUCACCACCACAACCACCCGGCAACGCGACCUCCCCUCCCAACCCGCCCCAACCCGUGCGACACCAGCUACGACGCCAUCACGCUGAUCCGGAACGAGCUGUUCAUCUUCAAGGAUCGCUACCUUUGGCGAAUAUUCGAGAACGACCUGCACCACCGACCGCCGGCCCUCAUCAGCGAUAUGUUCUACGGGCUGCCGCGGGACUUUGAGCGGAUCGACUCGGUGUACGAGAACAAACACCACAAGAUUGUAUUCUUCGUCGGCAAGCAAUACUACGUCUUCAACUCGCGACAUCCGGAGCCGGGCUACCCGAAACCGUUGACGGCGCUGGGACUGCCGGAGAGCAUCGAGCGGAUUGAUGCGGCCCUCGUGUGGAGCUACAACAACCGGACGUACCUGUACAGUGGGCGGCUGUACUGGAGAUUCGACGAGGACGCGAACCACGUCGAGCUGGACUACCCGCGGGACAUGUCGAUGUGGAAGGGCGUCGGCUACAACAUCGACUCCGCCUUCCAGUACCGGGACGGCAAGACGUACUUCUUCAAGGGCAAGGGCUACUGGCGGUUCAACGAUCUGCGGAUGAGCGUCGACCAGGCCGACCCGCACCCGUCCGCCCCGCACUGGAUGAAGUGCCAGCAGCACAAGGUGCGCGAACCGAUGGUGGACGUCACGACCGAGGACCAGGAGGACGUCAUCACCAGCGGGGUGGGUGGGUUGGGUCCCCGAACUAAGUUGGGCUUCUUUGCGCUAACUGCCUUGCUAGUUGUAGCUAGAUUAAGGGUUUAUUAGGAUAGUUGAAAGGGACGUAAGGAGUGCUACGAACUCCACCAUAGAUUGUAAACCUAAUUAAUACAGGGACCACAAAGUUUGCAAUUUUACACCGAUUAUGCAAUUUCAUGACAUCACCAGCCUUUUUUAUCUAAAUGAAAUGAAAUAAAACAUCAAUCUUAGAGAGUGUGCUCACCAUUUUCGAACGUCAAGAUUAUCCCGGAGAUUCCUCAAAGCUCUCUACUUUCUUCAACUGAUCACUGCCACAAGAAGGAGUAUUAGCAAAAGCGCAUUCCACUUCGGUCCCUUUACACUUUUUGAAUAAAUAAACUAAAAAAAAAUAUUCAAAAAAAAAUCAUCCAAUAUGCAAUAAAAUAUUCCAAAAUGUGUUUAUCAUUCGAAGCUGCCCACACUAAUUCGAAGGGAAAUCUUGACAACCACUAGCAUUAACACUACAUUUUUUGACUCCUAAGUGAUAAAAAACACAAUUUAGAAUUUAUUGCAGCAAUAGAAAAGAAGAAACAUCCCAAAUACCUAAUAAAAUAAAUAUAAAUAAAGAAAUUUUAAAUCGAAAUCGAACAAGCAUAAUAAAUAAAAUAAAAUAUUCAUGAACCCACGAAGAAAACAUUUUGUUGCCUUAAAUAAAGUAAAAAAAAAUGCAAUCGGUGAAUUAACCCUUUGCUUCCUUAAAAAGAUUUGCGUAGAAUUAUUUUUAUUUAAUAAAUACUGUAAAAAAAGCAAAAUAAUCUAAGCGCCAGAAACGCUUCACACAAUGGUUAAAAAAAAGUCUCAAAAAGCAAGCAUGUAAAAAUCAAACCACGUACUUUAACGAAACUGUAAGCCUAAGUAGUAAAGCAAAAUUUUAAUUUCAUAUUCCAAUAAGUUCAGCCGGGCCCCCACUGUGAUACGUGUGCGCGAUGAAUACGGAUGUAAUGUUAGGGAAAUUUGACUUGUAAACACUGAGGAAGAGAUUGUGGUUUUAGACUGAAGUGAAUAAAUUAUUAAAUUAAAAAAUAUCAAUAUUCAACCACAACGAAGAAAACACUGUUUGCAAAUUGAGUUUCUUUAAUUUUAUGGUAAGUUGUUAUGAACUUGCUUGCACUCGCGGCCUCGAUUAGAUUGAUUUAGUUUGAAAUUUUAAGUGAUAAGUUAUGCUAAAUUGAUUCAAGUAAACUGAAGAACUUCUUUUAUACAAUUGGUUGUAGCGGUAUUUGAUAGUUAUAAAUAAAUUCAAUUGUAAUA